AUGAACUCCUCGUCCACUGAUAGUCAAUACCUGCUUCCAGGAAUCAACCCAGAUAACACAUUAGGUGCUGCAUUUAUCGGAUACAGCUUCGCAUGUGCGGUAUUUGGUGUUCUAACUGCCCAAGUAACAAACUAUUACCAAACGUUCGUCGCAGACCCGAAGCAGUUGAGGAUAUUGGCGAGUCUCACCUUCCGGACCAUCUCAUCGAGGUCGCUGGAAUUAAUUCAUGUUAUUUUGAUCUCGCAUGCUCUUUACCACUACACUAUUACACUUUUCGGUUCAAUGCUAGAAAUGAUUACUGGCCACGUCGUGUGGUCUCUUGUGACGCAGGUUCUUGUUGCUGGCAUAUCGGGGAGCAUCGUCAAACUCUGCUUUGUCCUUCGGGUUUGGAGAUUCAGUCGGAGAAAUGUUUUCAUCACCGGACUUAUUUUUAUUGUCGUCUUAGUUCAGUUCGGAUUCAUUAUCGGUUCGUGCAAAUCUAAUCAUGCCGCUUCUUCUCCUUCAAAUCUUUUUGGUAUCGUCAAAAUUAUAGCAUACACUAUCGCAGCUUACCAGAUCCAAAGUUUCUUGGAUCUCCCGAAACUCCAAGUCCUGGGAUCCAUAGCGCUUGCUACAGGGGCUCUCGGCGACGUGCUCACUGCUGUUGCUCUGAUUUUUUAUCUUCGCAAGUUGCGUACAGGAUACACAGAGCCAGAUUCCCUUGUCAACAACUUGACUGGAUACGCAAUCCAUACCGGGGCUUUUACGAGAUCUCGGAUUCCUCUAAAACCUAUCAUGAAAUUUCAGUAUGAUGCAUACCCUAAUACCUUCCAAUACAUGGCUGUGUAUUUUGUAGUGUCGAAAACGUUUGCUGUUUCUCUGAUGUGUACGCUUAACACGCGAAAACAAGUUGCAGGUCGAGCUUUGGAAGAGGAUGAGGACAUCCAAAGUAGUGACUCGAGUCUUAUCAUCCCUCAAACGUCACCUCCGUACAACAUGAAAUCAAGUCUUCAAAAACCCGGACCAAAUCACAUACAGCCAUAUUUGCUCAAGGAAUGCACCUUGUCCCCUUCAAGGAUGGAUACGAAGCUACCACUCUCAGCAAGAAAUCGGAGAACCAGCGUCGCUAGCUUGACGCAUCAGAAACAGGACUCAGAAUCACAGAUCACUCGGGUUGGUGUUGUUUUAGAUAGUAUGCCGAUGUCGAAGAAAGCUUAAGUAUAUAGUUCCAUAAACGAGCGUAGAUAGACAAAGUACGUUCAGCAUUUUCAAGACGAUGGUUUUCCU